AUGUCUGGCCCGUACCUCUCGCCGGCCCUCCCGCGCCGGCCUCGCUCAAGCUCCGGCAGCUCCACGGCCGCGACCGCGCAACGAUUCAUCGCGGCCACGUUUGGGAGCCGCAACCGUCCCAGCACGAGCGACGGACACUCUUCCAUGAGCCACCAUGUCAACUCAAUACACAAAUAUGUCAACGGCUCUUCCGCGCAUCCUUCUAGUCAAGUUCAUCCCUUUCAGGACCUCAACUCUGGCGCCGCGGUGCCUUCGUCGUCACUCCUGAUCACGGACGACGGCGACGAGGGACCGGAGUGCCCCAUCUGUGUGGAGCCCCUCAGCCAUCGCUUGCAGGGUGAAAAGGCGCAUGUGACCCCAGUCUGCGGCCAUCAGCUACGUGAGUGCUCCACCUCGGGUGUUCGAUGGCUCGGUGUUGGGGGACCGCCGAUCAGCGAGGGCUGAAAAGUCCCGACAAGGCAGUCGGCAAAUAUGCGACUUCGGGCCGGGAUUGCGGAGUCCAAUGGCUCUACAUGCAGAAGUUCAAAGCUGACACCUUUUGUCUUUCUAAAAAUGCAGAUCACGAGUGCUUUAGGUGAGUGUCCCGAGCCCCCUUGGUGGAAGAUAGGAGAGAGUCCCGCCUGAUCAUGAUUCUAACGCUUCACCCGACGAAUAUCUGCACUUUGACACAGACAGGUGUACGGCGAUGUGACACAAGCAAGACUGAGGAAAGCAUCUCUGGGACUGUGUGGCAUAUGUCGGUCUGACAUGAGAUUGGACGAAUCGGGUGACUGCGGGCCGGUGCGCAAGAACAGUGAGUGGUCUGCCAGUUGACUCCCUUGACCUGAAGUCUUCAUGCUGACGAGAUAGACUAAUUCUCGCAGAGUUUGCGGCACUUACUGGAACUGGACCGCUCGGUGGUGACGCCGACAGCAUGCUAUCUUCCGCUCUUGGUUCCCGUCGCUCCGAACACGGUCAAGAAGACGACGAUCUGGUCCAGAUCCCUCUCGGAGGGGAACUCGAAACACCAUUACACUCCGCUCGUACAAGCCAGGGUACCACGAGCAGUAGUGGUACGUUGCUCGGCCGGCGAGAGAGCUCGACGACCGCGAAACCAGCUCCCUCAAUCAGUGGCCGCAGCCCGCGCGGCUUUCAUCUCGGCCAAGACAUCAUACAACCUGUAAUCUCGGUUCGCGCAGAGCAUCCGGCCAUUGUGCGCGGAGGAUGGGAGGAUUCUGACAAGCACCAUCUGACCUGCAUGGUCACCAUCGAGAUGCCUUCGCGCUGGCCCACGCCGGACCCGAGAUCGGUGUACCUCCCCCCAGGUCCACUUGAAGAGGGUCGUCCACUUCAUACGCGGAGUGGUUCGGGGUUGUACGCUCAGCCGCAUGGAGACGCUAGCCAUUCAAGGUCGAAUUCGGGACAGUCUUGGAUGGGUCCGCAUGAAAGAGCGCUGUCGUCUCCGCCGUCCUCGAUCCACUCAGCCUUCGCCUUCGCCUCGACGAUGGCGACCAACACGGAGCACGAUAACCAUGAGAUGAACGAGCAGGUGCAAGACCUGAAGACGCGCAUGACGGAUUGGAAGGGGCACUCGCUCGAUGAGUUUGGCGCGCUGAAGUUGUUCAACUUGAUCAGCGUGCGCAAAGACGCCAAUACCCGAGAUUUCCUCGUCUAUGUGAGUACCGACCGGCAGCCUUGGCCAGUACCCCGGCCGAUGACUAGACCUGACCCAGCCUGAGGGCCUGAUGCUCUACAGCUCUUCUCCGAGGCUAUUAUCUUUGUGAACGAAGAGCACAGGCGGGGCCUGGCGCACAAGAUCGUUGAUGGCUUGUCGGGUCAAGGCGACAGACUUCGUCUCAAAGGUCGCGUCUACGUCCGACACAUCGAUUUGGUGGUCGACACCUCAAGUAUGACCACUUACUCGCUGACAGUGAUCAUGAGUGACGAUGCUCUUGACGAAUGUGAGCUUGAUCAAAAUUAUGCGGUAUGACGGGUGAAGUCCGUGAGCUGACGAGACCUGGCCAUCACUGCGCAGUCGUGCUGACGUUCCGCGACCGUAUGACGCUGGAAAGAUGGCAAAAAUACCUGACUUCACUGAUUAAUUGCCACAAGCUACCAACCAGUCCCAACUAUCAUUUGCAAAGUGCACCACCACCGGCACCAAGCUCAGGGGCUCGCUCACGCGCGAUGGUGAACUCAUCUUCCAACGAGUCCAACUCGAGUGCGGGAGGUUCAGCAGAGUCGUGGGGAACAGGGGGUUAUCGUUCCUCCUCAUCGGGCUUCACUCGCACUGGUGGAACCGCACCUUCGACCGUUGGAUCGUGCAUGAUUCCCGAGGAAGGAUCGACUAGUCCCAGACCGAGAACUCGUGCGCAGUCGAGCGACUACCCCUCUAAUAUCUCGGUCGCAGCACUCUCCCUCGCCGGCCCUCGAGAAUUUACUUCACUGGACCUUAUGCUCAUUCUCUCAGUCCCCGUAUCUGGUCCGAAUCAUCUCAAGAUCGGGAUCCUGCGCAACACACUAGAUUUCAUCAUCCAGAACGUCGGCCCACGAACUCGCAUUGCCAUUGUGACAUUUUCUGCAGGUGACGGUGCUCGAGGCCUCCUGCGCAAAACCCCCUUUCUCGCUGUUGGCAAGCAGGAAGGACGCAGGCGACUGGAUGCUGUCGUCGCCGAACUCGGCAAAGGUCGAGGCGAGUGCGAAGCGUUGGUCGAGCACCAGGAAGAUCGAGUGAACGUCGUCACUGCGUGCAACGUCGCGCUCGACAUCACGCUGCAGCGCAAGGUCAAGAGCGCAUUGACGGGGAUGAUAUUGAUGAAUGACGGCAAGGACGGAGCUCAGAAGCAGCACAUGGAUCUCGUCAUGGCCCGAGCCGAAGCGACGGCUGUUCCGAUCCACACCAUUGGCUGGGGCCGUUCCCACGAUCCUUCCUCCCUCUGGCUCUUGUCGAAUCAUACAGGGGGUAGCUACACGUUCGUCAAAGACUUCUACGAACUACGAGAAACAAUGGCGGGUUGUGUCGGGGGCAUUCUCAGUAUCGCAGCGACGAACGUCCGGCUUCACAUCUCCGUGCCCGAGACGCGAUGGCUGCGCAUCCGGAAAGCGUCGGGGGCGCCGAACGCGAUCGUUUCCUCUGCCGGAACCGACGUCGAUGUCGACAUUGGUGAACUACGCUUCUCUGAACGCAAAGAGCUGCUCAUCGAAAUUGAGAUGUCGUUUUCCGGCUUCGAGUCCGGACGAGAGCCAGCGGCCACAGGCAAACCGCCUCCACGAACGGAGGCGAACAACGCGACCGACGCUUUCUUCUUGCAAAAUGUGGGGAUGAACCCGUCGGUCCUAGAGAAUUACGAGUCAAACAACAAUUCCGAAGGAGACUAUGAAAGCAUGCCCGACGAGAUUGCGCUGUUCGAGGUGAGUGUGAUUCGGCAUUUUUGGUUCUUGCUUCGGGACUAUAAGGGGACUCACGAAGCUUCCCCCGACGGUCUCGACAGGUGAACGCCGCUUAUCGUGAUCCCGCGGCUGGUAUAAGCCUCUCCAGACUUCACUCUCCAACAGUUCUCACAGUCGCGAUCGUCAACUCGGAUGGCACCCCUUCGGCCCGCCUGACGUCCAAGAGCUCAGACCCCGAGAUCAUUAGACGCCGAAUGGAGCUGUUGACGAGCGACAUGCUUUCUCGCGCUCUGUUGCUGGUCACACGUAAAAACGAAGUCCAAGCCCGCCGGCUACUCGAAGAGACCAAGCGCAUCAUCUCGACUAUAUCCGGAACGCUCGUCAACUCAAGUGCGCCCCUCGCACCAGGAUCUCCAGGGGCCUGUACCGCUGCCCUGCCGACAGGUCUCUCGGCAAAACAACGCCGAUUGUGGAUUGCCGCGACCUGCUUUGCCGAGACGACGCUUGCCGCAUGCGCUGAAGACGUCUCGCGUGUGCUCGAUGGAUGUGCAGAAGGAAGUGACGCCUUUACCCAGCACGUGCGCUACGUCGCCGCACAAAGCACCGUCGUGCUUCGAGAUCAGCGCGCCUUUACGAACCAGUCCGCGACUGAACGUCUUUUUUUCAGUGCGGACCACGCCGUAUGGCUUGCAGCUCGUAGUCGAGACUGGGUCAGCUGCUCAUACUGA